AUGGUGGAUGCCCACUCACUAGAGGUCAUGAAGACAAAUCAAACAUUGAAAUUUGGUCCAGCAAUGGCAGCUAAGCCACCCUUCAAUUUAGACAUAGAUUUGUGCCUCAUAGAAAGGCCCCUGGACGAAUUCCAGGCCCACUUGAUCCUGUGGGUCACACAGAGAAGAGACAUGGUACACCUGUGUUGCAAUAGGCUGAAGAUCUUUGGGAAACCCACCAGCCACAACAGGAAGGUCCUGAGACUGCUGCAGCUGGACUGUCCAGAAGGUGGAAGUGCACUGCACCUGGGUGCCCUCCACCUUGGGUGCUUGUGCUUCUUUCUUGGGCCAGAUGAGGAACCUGAGGACACUGCAGGUCUCCCAGGUCCACUGCCUGCCCACACCUCCCCAGAAGAGCAGGAGCAGCUGAUUGCCCAGCUCACCUCGCAGUUCCUCAGGAUGGACUGCCUGUGGAAGUCCUGUGUGGAUGCUGUCCUCCUCCUCAAGGGCCACCUGGAGCAGGUCCUGAGACAGCUCAGACACCUGGAACUGAGGGGCAUCAGACUGACCAAAUUCAGUCCAGAGCCCCUCAAAAUUCUGCUGGAAAGCACUGCAGCCUCCCUGAAGAGCCUGGACUUGGAAGCUUGUAUCACUGACUCCCAGCUCCAGGCCCUCCUGCCUGCCUUGAGCCGCUGCUCCCAGCUCAGGGUUUUGAGCUUCCAUGGGAACCGCAACUCCAUGUCAGCCUUAAGGGACCUGCUGCUUCACACUGCCAGGCUGAGCCAGUUGAGCAUAGAGCUGUACCCUGCCCCUCUGGAGAGCUAUGAUGCCCAGG